UCAGCUGUAAACAAAACAGUCAACGUUCUGUGAUCCACCAGAAAAAAAUAUCCAUGAUUCGGGUGACCGUCCCAAGCUUUAGGAAAGUUGGUGACCACAAUGAUUCUUAUACUGUCUUUAAUGUUGAAGUCUGUGCUGCCGGGCGGUUGACUAAUGUGGAAAAGCGGUACUCGGAGUUUGAAGAUUUCCACAAACAGCUGAAAAAAAUCAUCAGAACACCAGAAUUUCCUCCAAAAAAGGUGAUGAAAUGGAAUCCUAAGGUCCUAGAACAGAGACGUAUCGGCCUUCAGCUAUAUCUCCAGGGAGUUGUACAGAAUGACUAUAUAUCAAAAAUUGUACAGAGGUUCCUGUGUAUUACACUAGCCAACACCACUAAUAUGGAGUCACUUACCCAUGAUGACCAGGAGGUGUCUCUAUCUCACCAGCCUAUGAUUGGAUUCCAGCCAGAUGCCUUCCUCCUCAACAACAACAAAAGUAGUCUUCGUGACAUCAUCACCGAGGGAGUACACAGGGGGUUGUAUUGUGUCCAGAUGGAGGAGCCACGGUAACACGGUCCAAGUCACAGUUUGGACCUACGUCAGCAAGGAUGCUGUAUUAAUCGUGUGUGGACCUACGUCAACAAGGAUGUCAUAUUAAUUAGAGUGUGGACGUACGUCAACAAGGAUAUCGUAUUAAUUCGAGUGUGGACCUACGUCAACAAAUAUUUCAUAUUAAUUUGAGUGUGGACGUAUGUCAACAAGGAUAUCGUAUUAAUUCGAGUGUGGACCUAUACGUCAACAAGGAUAUCAUAUUAAUUCGAGUGUGGACGUACGUCAACAAGAUAUUGUAUUAAUUCGAGUGUGGACCUACGUCAACAAGGAUAUCGUGUCCUGAUUGUAUUGACAGCUUUCUAAUGCUGUUUUUUGUUCAUUGUUUUCAAUGUGAUUCAAUUAGAUGUGUUCUUUAAGGCUAUAUGCUACCAUACAAUUCUGAUUUGUGUUACAUACAGUUGUCUUCUCUUGGCAAAGAUAAUGUAUAUUUGAUCAAUUACGAGAUGAAGUGUUCCACCACCUGACAAAUUUAUGUUAUAUUCAUUUAAUGAGAAACAGGUUGUGUGCUGUUUUUGGGGAAUAACUUCCUUCUUCAGAUUACAUAUUACUGUCAUUGAUGAGAUUUUUUGUCCCCUACGGGUGAAACUGGGAGAACUAUAUAUAGGUUUCCUUCCCCGUCCAUUGGCCAGUCUGUCCUUCAGUUAGACUGUCCACUCAUUUGUUUUUACACUUUUCUCAGCCUUACUUCUAGGUAUGUUUGCGAAAGCUGGUAUGUAACUUUAGUAUGUGUAGCUACAUGUACAGAUCAAGGUCAAAUUUCGGGGGGUUUUCGGGUCAAGGUCAAGGUGACUAUAGUUACUUUUAUCAGGGGCCGGAAGGAUGCAUGUAUUAUUAUUGCUUUAGUUAUACUUUCAGAAUGCUUGUUUCAUAUAGAAUUGUUAAUUGACAUCUCUGUUUGUGUUCAGAAAAUUAAUGAUUUCAGUUCUAGACAUACCUAAAACAGUAUGAAAUUAUUAGUAAAUAUAGAACAGAAAAUAUAGUAUUGCAAACAACCCCCAGUGAUUGGACAAAUACUGUCUUAGUGCCGACUAUUGAUGGGACAAAUACUGCCUGGUGCUGACUAGUGAUUGGACAAAUACUGCCUGGUGCUGACUAGUGAUUGGACAAAUACUGCCUUGGUACCAACUUCAUAUUUCUGUGAACGUUGUUUCUAGUCAAACUUCCAGAUUGAUGGUUAUAGUUUCUUUUUACAAUGCUUGUGUGAUCUUAAAAAGUAUAAUAGUAUGUGUUUUUUAAAGCAUACAAUUGCACUACUGUUCAAAAAUGUCAAAGUCAGUUAUAAUUUACCUAGUACAUAAAAGAUACUUUCUUAUAGUCACUGAAAUAUGAAUAUCUUAUUCCGUUUUUAUGACAAUCUAGUCUAAUGUCUAAUUCCUAUAUAUACAUGUAAUUGUAUUCCGAUGUAUUACUUACAUUGAAUUAUUUAUAACUUACAUGUACUGAUAUAAUUACCAAUGAAUUACAACCAAAUUUCAAAAAGAGACCACCACAAUUGACCUAUUAACCCGUCUACCCUUCAAAUAAUAUAAGGAUUUGUCCACUUUUAAGGACAAAUUAAAAGAGUCUGUCAAAAUAACAGAAUAGACACCAUCAUAUUCUCACCCCAUAAGCAUGUUAACAUUUAAAUUUUAAAUUUGUUAUGAGAUCUCAAUUGAUAGACAAUCUUCAAAUGUGAUAGGUGUUUGUUUAAUACAGGUUUAAAUAUACAUUGUAUGUAAAUACAUUAUAUACUUACAUUGGAUUAUCUACAUUUAAAUUAAAUACCUUAAACAGGGAUAUAGUGUCUCACAGGCUGAUGAUCUAGUGAUGCUCAAUAUACAAAUGUUCCCGUUUACAAUUAAGUUACAUAGUAUUUGUACUAGAUAGAUUAAAUAUUAAUUAGAUUAUGAUUUGUAUUUGAAUGAUGUAAGGAGUAAUUAUGUAUUACAUGUAUAAUGUGUACACUUUGUACGAUGUAAGAUGUACUGUAUUAUAUGACUUUUUCACCAUACACUGAUCAUGAUCGGGAAUGUAUUAAUUAUGCCAUAUUUCACUGACAUAUUUUACUGUUCAAUAUCCAAUUCCCUUUUUUCACUCUGGUACAUCACACAGAGUAAUGUAUCAAAUACAUGUAAAUCACAUUUUGCAUAAUCUAUACACACUACGGAACGAUAUGAUGUAUUAAAUACGUCACGUUUCAGAGUUGCAAUAUAAUAAUGAUAAUGUAUUUAUCCGCUGUAUUUGAUCAGCUAGUGCAAUCAAUAUUACUGACAUUUUAAAUUACUAAGUGAAAAGGACAAUACUUAUAUAAUUACUUAUAAUUAGUAUAUAUAAUAUCAUUCACACUCACAAUACCACAUUAAUACUUACAUGGUAUUUUUAAUACCAUUGACACUCAGAAUACCACAAUACUUGCCAGGUAUUUAUACCAUUGACACUCAGAAUACCACAAUACUUACCAGGUAUUUAUACUAUCAUUGACACUCAGAAUACCACAAUACUUACCUGGUAUUUAUACUAUCAUUGACACUCAGAAUACCACAAUACUUACCUGGUAUUUAUACUAUCAUUGACACUCAGAAUACCACAAUACUUACAUGUACCUGGUAUUUAUAAUAUCAUUGACACUCAGAAUACCACAAUACUUAACUGGUAUUUAUAUCAUUGACACUCAGAAUACCACAAUACUUACCUGGUAUUUAUACUAUCAUUGACACUCAGAAUACCACAAUACUUACCAGGUAUUUAUAAUACCAUUGAUACUCAGAAUACCACAAUACUUAUAAUUACCAGGUAUUUAUAAUACCAUUGACACUCAGAAUACCACAAUACUUACCUGGUAUUUAUAAUAUCAUUGACACUCAGAAUACCACAAUACUUACCUGGUAUUUAUACUAUCAUUGACACUCAGAAUACCACAAUACUUACCAGGUAUUUAUACUAUCAUUGACACUCAGAAUACCACAAUACUUGCCAGGUAUUUAUACCAUUGACACUCAGAAUACCACAAUACUUACCAGGUAUUUAUACCAUUGACACUCAGAAUACCACAAUACUUACCUGGUAUUUAUAAUAUCAUUGACACUCAGAAUACCACAAUACUUACCUGGUAUUUAUACUAUCAUUGACACUCAGAAUACCACAAUACUUACCAGGUAUUUAUACUAUCAUUGACACUCAGAAUACCACAAUACUUACCAGGUAAUCAUACAAUUGACACUCAGAAUACCACAAUACCUACCUGGUAUUUAUAAUACCAUUGGCACUCAGAAUAACACAACACUAACCUGUAAUUUAUAAUACCAUUGACACUCAGAAUACCACAAUACUUACCAGGUAUUUAUAAUACCAUUGACACUCAGAAUGCCACAAUACUUACCAGAUAUUUAUAAUACCAUUGACACUCAGAAUACCACAAUACUUACCAGGUAUUUAUAAUACCAUUGACACUCAGAAUACCACAAUACCUACCUGGUAUUUAUAUCAUUGACACUCAGAAUACCACAAUACUUACCAGGUAUUUAUAAUACCAUUGACACUCAGAAUACCACUCUUUGAUAAUAUUAUGUACUCUUUGUUCACUAAUCUUCUUACUUUUUGUAACAUAGGAUAACACACAAUACCAGUUUGUCCCAGAUACCUUUGUGUAUCUCUUUGUCACGUGGCCAAUAUUAAACUACAUGCGAAAUCUGAGAAUUGAUGUCGAAUGUUAUAAAUGAAAAGUAAUGUCUUCAUUUUUAAGAUUGUUAAAAUUUUACCUGAAUAAAUAUGAAACGUAU